AUGUGGUCUUGUUUUGAGCUGGAAGAGAGUACAGGGUGCUUCUGGAAAACUUCAAGGUUAUUGCAUGACCUGCAGAUUGGAGAGAAGAAGCUACUUGUUAAAGUUGACGCAAAGACAAAGGCACAACUUGAUGAAUGGAAAGCAAAGAAGAAAGCUUCUAAUGGGAAUGCCAGACCAGAGACGGUCACUACUGAUGAUGAAGAAGCUUUAGAUGAAGAAACAAAGAGAAGAGAUCAGAUGAUUAAAGGGGCAAUUGAAGUUUUAAUACGUGAAUACUCCAGUGAGCUCAAUGCCCCCUCACAAGAAUCUGACUCUCACCCUAGGAAGAAGAAAAAGGAAAAGAAGGAGGACAUUUUCCGCAGAUUUCCAGUGGCCCCACUGAUCCCUUAUCCGCUCAUCACUAAGGAGGAUAUAAAUGCUAUAGAAAUGGAAGAAGACAAAAGAGACCUGAUAUCCCGAGAGAUAAGCAAAUUCAGAGACACACACAAGAAACUGGAAGAAGAGAAAGGCAAAAAGGAGAAAGAAAGACAGGAAAUUGAGAAAGAACGGAGAGAAAGAGAGAGGGAGCGUGAAAGGGAACGAGAAAGGCGAGAACGGGAACGAGAAAGGGAAAGAGAACGUGAACGAGAAAAGGAGAAGGAACGGGAGCGGGAACGAGAACGUGAUAGGGAUCGUGACCGGACCAAAGAGCGAGAGCGAGAUCGUGAUCGAGAGAGAGAUCGGGAAAGAGACCGAGAAAGGAGCUCAGAUCGAAAUAAAGAUCGGAGUCGAUCCAGAGAGAAGAGCAGAGACCGUGAAAGGGAACGGGAACGAGAAAGAGAACGAGAGCGGGAACGGGAAAGAGAGCGAGAGAGAGAACGAGAGCGAGAAAGGGAACGUGAGAGAGAAAGAGAAAAGGACAAGAAACGGGAUCGAGAAGAGGAUGAAGAAGAUGCGUAUGAGCGGAGAAAGCUUGAAAGAAAACUCCGAGAGAAAGAAGCUGCUUAUCAAGAGCGCCUUAAGAAUUGGGAAAUCAGAGAACGGAAAAAAACCCGAGAAUAUGAGAAAGAGGCUGAAAGAGAAGAAGAAAGAAGAAGAGAAAUGGCUAAAGAAGCUAAGCGAUUAAAAGAAUUCUUAGAAGAUUAUGAUGAUGAUAGAGAUGAUCCCAAAUAUUACAGGGGAAGUGCUCUUCAGAAAAGAUUGCGUGAUCGGGAAAAGGAAAUGGAAGCAGAUGAGCGUGAUAGGAAGAGAGAGAAGGAAGAACUGGAGGAAAUUAGGCAGCGCCUUCUGGCAGAAGGACACCCAGACCCAGAUGCAGAGCUCCAAAGGAUGGAACAAGAGGCCGAGAGACGCAGGCAACCACAAAUAAAGCAAGAGCCAGAAUCUGAGGAAGAGGAAGAAGAAAAACAAGAAAAAGAAGAAAAACGAGAAGAGCCUGUAGAAGAGGAAGAGGAGCCAGAACAAAAGCCCUGUCUCAAACCGACUCUGAGACCCAUCAGCUCUGCGCCAUCUGUUUCCUCUGCCAGUGGCAACGCGACCCCCAACACGCCUGGUGACGAGUCUCCCUGUGGUAUUAUCAUUCCUCACGAAAAUUCACCCGAUCAACAGCAACCAGAGGAACAUAGGCCAAAAAUAGGACUUAGUCUUAAACUGGGUGCUUCCAAUAGUCCUGGUCAACCUAAUUCUGUGAAGAGAAAGAAACUCCCUGUAGAUAGUGUCUUUAACAAAUUUGACGAUGAAGACAGUGAUGAUGUACCCCGAAAAAGGAAGCUAGUUCCCUUGGAUUAUGGUGAAGAUGAUAAAAAUGCUGCCAAAGGCACUGUAAACACAGAAGAAAAACGCAAGCACAUCAAGAGUCUCAUUGAGAAAAUUCCUACAGCCAAGCCCGAGCUCUUUGCUUAUCCCCUUGAUUGGUCCAUUGUGGAUUCUAUACUGAUGGAACGACGAAUUAGACCAUGGAUUAAUAAGAAAAUCAUAGAAUACAUAGGUGAAGAAGAAGCUACAUUAGUUGAUUUUGUUUGUUCUAAGGUUAUGGCUCAUAGUUCACCUCAGAGCAUUUUAGAUGAUGUUGCUAUGGUACUCGAUGAAGAAGCAGAAGUUUUUAUAGUAAAAAUGUGGAGAUUAUUGAUAUAUGAAACAGAAGCCAAAAAAAUUGGUCUUGUGAAGUAAAACUCUUUUUCCAUUUAGAGUUCCAUUUCAGAUUUCUUUUCCAUCAUUCAAAGGACAUGGUAUUUUUCUUUGUCUUCAAAGACAUUUAUGAGAUCUAUAAUUUUUUGUAAUGUAGAAAAUGUGAAUUUUUUUUUGUCCUCCAGUUUGUUGAUGCCAUAUGUACUCCCUUGAUUGUAAAGUCACCUGAAUCUUCCUUUGGUUCUCUAUACUCACCAGGUACAAAUUACUGGUAUGUUUUAUAAGCUGCAGCUACUGUACACAGCCUAUCUGACAUAAUCUUGUUCUGCUGAUUUAUUCCUUGUAAAUAUUAAAAUGACUCCCCAAUUCUUUUUCAGAAUUGCACUUAAUAUUGAACUGUAAUGUUUAGGAAGGAACAUUUUAAUCAAAAGAAUACUAGUAACACCUGUUACUCCCUUUUAAUCAGAAAUGGCAAAUCUUCAUGAAGUUGUGGAAUUUAAAAAGAAUGCAAACAUAGGUGGACAAUCCCUUUUUUCAAUAUCUCAGUGUUUUUGUGUGAAUGUUUGUGAAAAAGACCUAAUUGGACUUUGAAGGCUCCCUUAAACAUUCUUCAUUGAAAGGUAGAGUUACAAAGGAAAAGUUGUGCCAACCCAGUGUCUGGGAUAAAUUAGGUGGUUAGUCUCCCACAGAAUUGUAUUGUCUUGUGAGCAGCAUCGUGCUGCACGGAAGGGGUUUCCCAGUUUAUGAUUGUUCACACGUGCUCUUUGAAAGAUGAAUCAUAGUGAUGCUCCCCUUUUAUUUAGGAAUGAGGCAAAUCCUUGGAUUCUAGAGAGCUUUAUUUGAUGCGUACCUUUGCUCAGAAUUGGUCUUUAAUUUUGGUGCAUCCCUUUGGAAGACUUUUUAAAAUCUCUUUCCAAAAGCAUAAGCUUACCCCCCCCCAGAAAAAGACCAAACCAAUAACCCUUUUAAAAGAAAGGGACGUUAAAAAAAACAACUAAGCACACAAAUUGGAAUUAAAAUUAGACAUUACGAAAUUUGAUUAGCAAAAUCCAGCUUCAUAAUUCACAAGGUUUACAUAUUGAUUCAGGGGCUGGGGUGGGGUUGGGUGGAUUUCUGGCAGUUAUCAACCACUACUAACUUUCGUUCUAUAAAAGCUUUGUAUCAUGUCUGUGUCUGUGUGUUUAUGCUUACACACGCACACAGAGUUUUAUUUCUGCUCAUCAGUUUCUAAACGUUUACUGAUGAUGAUCUUGAAGACACACAUAGGCAUAGGCUGUCUUUACUGUAGAUCAGAACUUCACCAGGGAACACAAGGACCUGGAGUUCAAACAGUUCCCAACACAGAUUAGGUGCAGCUCUUUUCAAGUCAGUGUAUUUAUUUUAAAGGCAGAUAGAGAGCGGUGUGCUACAAAGUAUAAUUGAGCUCGAGUUACUAGAGUAUUUACAACUUCAGAGGACAUUAGAAAACACUGAUCUUAACAUUGAAAUAUGAGGCGGUUGCAUUAUGUAAAUAUUUCAAAUAUUAAAAUGUAUAUAUUUGAUCUAAGACUCAUUUUUUCAGUCUUGUUAAAUAAAUGGCAUCAUGUUGUAA